CAGCAAGCACUCAGCAUCCAAGCAAGUCCUGUGCGCAUGCAUGGCUCGCCAAUGUCUGCUCUUGUCAUGGCUACUUGCUCUGUGCAGCAGCUCUGGCCACAAGUCAUCUUGUGGUGCAGUGGGAGGUCUUCCGCUGCUUCCAAGAUCACCUCUACCAAGUCCAAGUCCACCUCCAUGGCUUCGAUGGACUCGCACUGCACCACCAUGAGUGACAUUAUCAGAGCUCUUGACGAGGCCCACGACCGCAUCGCCAGCAUGGGCGUCGACGAGCUCAAGAGCGAGCGCGUUGACAGCCUCGCUUCGCUUAAUGCCAUCGAACAUCCCAAGUGGCAGAAGCCCAUCAAGGCCUUCGAUCANAAGAAGUACCUCAGCGACCUUGAGGCCGGCCAGAUCACCCUGCGCCAGAUCCAAGUCGCCACCAACUCAACCAAGUUGCCUAAGGAGCACGUUGCUAACUACAUCCGCGUCAACGGCAGUAAANNGCUCCCCGAGCCCAAGUACGGUCCCGGCAAAUGCACCUACGACCCCUACCCUCUUNNCCCCCCUAAGCGCAAGCGCGAUGCUCUCUCCGACAACAUCGACGACGCCAUCAANAAGGUCAAGAAUGUCUUCAAGUGA